CUGCUAAUCACUUGCCACAGCAUAAGUUAAAGCGUAUUUAUCGAACAUCUCGAAACUUAGAGGGAUUUUAUCAGUUUGUUGUUCAUAUAUAUAACGCAUUGCUCUGAAAUAUUGACUAUCUUGCAAGAUCUUGCACUAAAACGCACAAAUUCACUAAACCAUAUUCACGAUCAUUCAAACAACUUAAAUCAGUGUUUUUGUGGAUAAAAUUACGUUUAAAAUGCCAUAAACAUUAAAUAAAGUCUAUUUACUAUAUAAAGACAAUUUUGCCUUGUAAAGUUCGCUCAAUUAAUAACCAUAUAUUGCUCAAACGCAAUUCAAAAUACACAAUAUAUUUGCACUGCCUUUACACAGACAAAAUAAUAUUACAUUUAUAUUCCAAUAUGGCUAGCAUUCUUAUGUAUUCGACAAAAGCGAGCUAAAAUAUACGCUGUUUUUCGGCCGCCGUUAACCAAUUAUGGCGAAUUACCUCGCGGUUUUCCAUCGAGACAUAUGUUUACGUUCGCAGAAGAAAGAAUAGAUAAAGACGGGAUCCUAAUUAAUAUUUAAACACAGACAAAUUGCAGGUGUUUUAUGUAGUUACAAGAUAAUCGUAAAUAGUUCAAUAUAUAACUUGGUUGCUCGCUCGUUACUGUAUCAACAAGACCUUCGUAUGUGUACACGAUGGGAGGAGAUGGAAAUCUCGAAGACUCCGUGUCACUUCGAUGUUCCUUUUGUAAUGAGACCUUUACGGACCCGUAUAUCUUAAACUGUCUUCAUUCGUUUUGUUUUGGAUGCAUUGAACGACAGAAACAGGUGCAAGAAAGUAUAUUAUGUAAAAAAUGCGAACAGGAAACAAGCGCAAAUGCAAUGAAACAGAAUGAUUUUUUCGCAAACUGCCUGGCUAAGUCGCUGCUGAAAGAGUUAAAGAACCCUGGUCCUAAAUGCGGGAAUUGCUCGGCCGGGAAUAAUCGACUUUUGAAGUAUUGUAAAGAGUGUAGGGAGUACCUAUGCGAUGCAUGUGUCUACUGCCAUGAGAACACGAAGCUGACACGUGAACAUAGCUUGAUAUCGUUUGCUAAGUUCGAAGAGGAUCUGAUAUGUCGCAGUGAGAAGCGUACGGUGUUCUGCCCGCAGCACAAGGAGAAUUUGGUCGAGUCAUACUGCCGGUCGUGUGAUGAGGCAAUAUGCCCGGGAUGUGAUGUACACCAGGGUCAUAAUGCCGUGAGUGUCACCGUGGCUUCUUCAAUUGAAGUACCAAAUUUGAAAGCUGUGCUGGACAGAGCGAUUUCAAAGGUUAUCAACCACGAGAAAUGUGCGUCUCGUUGUUGCACUCUUGUGGACGAACUCCGAGAUCGCAAGAGCGAGAUUUGCGAUCAAAUCAGGAAUUAUUUCGUUGAGUAUAAAGAAAAGGUUGAGGAAUACGAGGUGAAACUGCAGCAAGAGGUUCUCACCUGGUAUGACAAACAGUUUAAAUUGAUCAAACAAGCCCAGUUGAAAGAAGAAAAAAGAAUUGAAAAGAUAACUGAUGCGGUCAGGUUUUCGCAAGUUCUGCUUCAUCACGGCACAGAUGCCGAAAUCUUGUCGUUGAAGUCUCUUGUCCAGUCGCAAUUGAACCGAGUUGCAAGUGAGAAGACUGGCACGACAUUCAUAGCCGCAGUCGAGGCCGUGAUUCGCCAUGCAUCAUGGGAAAUUCGUGCGGAACAUUUUACUCAAGGAAAGGAGACGAACGGUUUAACCUUACCAGAAAUACACGAUGACGAUUCUGAUGAUGAUGAAGAUGAUAAUAAUGACGGAAGACCUUCCACCGUCGGUUCAAGAGUCCAAGAGGAGAACGAACGAAACGCUAUGAAGAACAGUUUGAGUGAGAAAGACUUCCUCUGCAAACGACGCGGUAAUUCUGGGGUUGAGGGAAAAGACUUUCAACUGGGAUCCGUGAUUUCACGGGAGAGCACCAAGAUCUGGAAUGGAGGACGCCAGAGCGCUCGUGAUUACAGAUACGACAAGAUAUUGAGAAAUAGAAGCAUUGGUAGACGAGGUUCAGGUUGUGGCGAGUUCCAUCAUCCGUGCGACAUAGCGGUUGACCACCAGAACCACGACGACAGACUCAUUGUGACUGAUUUCAACAACAACAGGGUACAGGUUUUCUCAUAUUAUGGGGAGUUUCUUUUCCAAUUUGGCUCUCGCGGCUGCGAUGCUGGUCAGUUCAACGGUCCUACCGGAGUCACGAUACUUCAUGAUAGCACAAUUGUUGUUUCCGACUGUCUGAACAAUCGUAUUCAAUUGUUCACAAGUGAUGGUGUUUUCAUCAGGAUGUUUGGAAGUGAAGGACGGGGCCAGGGACAAUUUUGGCGACCGAUGGGGAUAGCGGUUGAUAGCAGGGAUCGUAUUAUUGUUGUGGAUCAAGGAAACAACAGGGUCCAAGUGUUUAACAGCGCUGGUAAAUUUCUCCUUUCAUUUGGCAAACUGGGAAAGUGGGAUGGUGAAAUAAGCUGUCCGAAUUUCGUUGCUGUCGACAAGGAAGACAACUUCUACAUUUCAGACGAAAUCAACAUGAGAAUUCAAGUAUUUCGCAGCGACGGAAGUUACCUCAGGAAAAUCUCCGCCCAGGAGAUUCACGGAUUCCAGGGUAACCUGGAACAUUUAUCCGGGGUGGCUGUAGACCCCCGGGGUUAUGUCGUGGUCGGUGUAAAGAGCAGUUGUAGCGUGCGAGUUUUUACCCCAGAUGGAAGGUUCCUACGAGCUUUUUCCUCCGCACGAUCUUGUCCAUCCCGGCAUUUAUUUGCCUCCGGGAUUGCUCUCACAUCUGCGGGAGAAAUCGUCGUCUCUGAUUGGUUCAAUAAUCGCAUAAGAUUCCUCUAGAGAUCUGAUUAUUUUCAUUGUUUUUGUCGAGGUUUUUAGCAGCAAAUGUUGUCCAAAUUAUUUAUUGAACUGCGGUCGUAUAGUUGGUUAAUCAAAAGAUUCCACGGUGUCAAAUACUUGCUAAUGUUUUGGCUCGGGAGUUUUGAAAGUUACUCCGUUAUUGUGCCUCAAAUUUGCAAGAAAGUCUCGUCCAGGAAAACCUUUGGGAAAUAAUCUUCACGGGCUUCCAGUUUUAUAACACUUGGGUGUAAAUAAAUG